CAGCAGCAGCAGCAGCAGCCGCAGCCGCAGGGCAGGGCAGGCAGGCGGAUAGAGACCCACAUGGAGGUCCUGGAGGUAGGAGGCAGUGGGACUGGGGGCGUCGGUUGCUUGGCUGUGAGCCAAGGUGAGGCAGGGAGACGGCGGCAGGACUCGUUUGGCCCCGACGGCAGGACUCCUGGGUCCCGUGGGGAGGAAGGAGUCAACUCUGCUCCUGGGGCUUGGGGGAGGGCGGCGGAGACGGCUUUCUAGGAAGCGAGAACCUCCGGGAGGGUCAUCAGCACCCUGGACAGCCGGGAGUGGGGAAGAAAGGCAGUCCCACCCCGUCGACGGCCAGCGCUCCCUCCCACCUGCCCACCUCUCGCCCCCUCCCCGCCUCCUUUCCAAGGGGCUCAGCCAUAGCCCCAGGGAGGAAAAGCUCCACCAGCCUCCGCGGAGGGACUGCCUGUGAGCCCCGAGAGAGAGAGAGAGCGUCCUCUGCAGGAAGAAGACCACGGCCUCCCCCCCCCCCCCGUCUCAACUGGGCGAAAUGCGGAGAUGUCAGGAUUUGAGGCUUCCUUUAAGUAGGGACAAUCUAGGACAGAAGAGCCGCCAACCAGAUACCCCAAAAGAAAACCUGCAAGCCGGAUUCAGGCACAAGAGCAUUCUCCUCUCUUGCGCUUUCCGGGAACUGGUAUUCGGAAGCAUUAUUGCCUCAAGCUAUUUAGGUAGAACAUAGCCAUCAUGGCCAAGCAGCCAUUGAUAGAGCAUCUCCAAGCACCGCAGAAUCCUAAGAAAGGGGUUCAGGUUAAAAAGGAGAGUCAAGAUUGUCAAAUAUUUCGAAAGGCUUGGAAGUUAUCUAAAAUUGGGGGGGGGGGGGGGAGGAGAGCCAAGAACCAGGCAAAGCGGGGCUGAAAAACGAUAAACAAAGAGCCAUCUAAAAGAGGGAAAAGUAGGUUGCAGCAGGCAAAAUUUCAGGGCACCAUCACCCCAGUGCACUACAAAAACAAAAGGAAAGAGCACUUUCUGCUGGCUCCCCGCAGCUGAAGGUUUUUCCAGAUUGACGGCUACAUUAGACAGACAGGGGACAAGAGGCGGUUGCUCUCUGGGUGGCUCCUUGCUUCGGAGCUGCUCAGUAGACAGUAGCUAUAGGGUGGGUGGGAGAAGUGUUAGCCUAGGAGAGGGAGAAACACGCGAUAGCUGCGGAACAAGCACCGCGAACAGGGCGCCGAGUGCAUGUUUGGCCUUUUCAAUGUGUUGAGGGAGUGGGAGAUUCUUGGUUUGUUUUUGUUCUAAUUUUUAUUAUGUAUUUUGUGUUUUUUUAUAUUUCAUUUUUAUUUUGUGAACCGCCCUGAGCAAUACGGAUGAAGGGUGAAUAAAUAAAUAAAUAAAUAAGCGGUUUUCUUUCGUUUUUUUCCAGCGGCCGCCGAAGAACCUCUCAGUGCCGCUUUCUGGUGGCUCCGCGUGGAACAGCAGCAACAGCACCUCCGGCUGCUUGGAGAGCGCCGACUUCCAGUACCUGCUCUUCCCCGUGGUCUACAGCCUGGUCUUCGCCUUGGGCCUGGUGGGGAACCUCUUCGUUCUGGGCUACUUCUUCCGCACCAAGUCCGCCACGGAGCCCGCCAACGUCUUUCUGGUGAACCUGGCCGCCAUCGACCUGCUCUUCGUGCUAACGCUGCCCUUCCGCAUUGCCUACCACGCGCUGCGCAACGACUGGGUCUUCGGCGAGGCGCUCUGCAAGGUCACCGGCUGCCUCUUCUUCGCCAACCUGUACGGCAGCUCCCUCUUCCUGGCCUGCAUCUGCCUGGAGCGCUACGUGGCCGUUGUGCACCCGCUGCGCCACCUCCGGCUCCGGCAGCUGCGCUACCGGGUGGCGGCCGCCGUCGGGGUGUGGGCGGUGCUAGUCGCCGCCGUUCUGUACCUGGCGCUCCGCGGCCCGCUGACCAGCCGCUUCCCCGACGGCCGCACCGCUUGCCUGGAGAACUUCUCCUCGAGCUCCUGGCGGGGGCGCAUCUCCUCCGUCAGCCUCUUCGCCGCUGCCGUGGGCUUCCUGCUGCCGCUCUUCCUCAUCGGCAUCUGCUACCCGCUCAUUGCCUGGCGGCUGCUGGCCACUCCGGGGAUGCAGCCCGGCUCACGAGCGGUGCGGCGCAAGGCGCUGCGCACGGUGCUGGUGGUGCUGGGCGUCUUCCUGGUCUGCUUCGCGCCGUAUCACCUGGUGCAAGUGGUGCACACGUUGGGUCGCGCCGGCGUGCUGGGCGGCUGCCCGCUCAUUCGCGCCACCUACGUGGCCCGCAGGCUCACCAUGGCCCUCACCAGCCUCAACGCCUGCCUCGACCCGCUCGUCUACUACUUCGCCGCCGAGCGCUUUGCCUGGCAGCCCGGCUGGUGGAAAUGCUGCUGCUGCUGCCGCCGGCUAGAAACCGCCCAGCCGUCCCUGCUGAGACUUCGCGGGCUUGUGGCCAGUAAGCAGGGAUCCUCCUCGUGUGGAGAAAGCUGCGCUCCCGGCACGGCGCAGUGAGCUCUCCAGCAGAUCGCUGAUCGUCGGAGGUGCGCGCGCCUGCCUCCUCGGGCAUUCUGGCUGCGCAUUCGUGUGAGCGAAGGAGUUCCUCAGCCUUAGACAAGCAGCCUUAGACAAGCGUCCAGCAUAUUGAUUUUUAAAAAAAAUGAUAUUUAUUGAAAAAAAGAGUUUUUUAAAAAAAUUACACAAAAGAAAAAACAAGACAGAAAAAGAAAAAGAAAAAAAUUAAACCAUCAUUCUCCAAUUCUCCACUUUCAAUACCUUCUUUCCUUGACCUCCUCCUCCUCCCUUUUCCUGUAUCCUGUUUUAUAAUAAUCACAGCAAAUCCUUUCCAUAAUUCAUAGUAUUCUGUCAUCACAUUACCUUGAUCUAUUUUCAUCUUAUCUUAUAGAAAACCUUAAAGUUAAAAACUUAAAUCUUAAUUUUUACCAACUUCUCCUAAACCAUAACAUUCUUACCUAAUUCUUUAGACAUUUUUAUAAGAGCCAAAUAAUUUCAUUUCAACAUUUUCCUAACAUUCAUCAAUUUUAUAAGACAGUCCUAAUGAUAAAAAUAAAAGAAAAAAGCAAUCCAGUCUUCAUCCAACGUCCCUUCCUCCUGGUCCCGGGUUUUGUCAGUCCUUUUAUCCUAUUAAUCUAGCACAUUAACCUGGCAAUCUUAUAUCCGAGGCCCUCAAGUCUCUUCCAUGUCCCUUCCGUAACUCUUCUUUAUAUUUCCCUUUUAUUCGUGGGAACUCCAGCUUGGUAGUGUUUUUGACCCUUUUCAGCAAGACAAUCCCUUUUCCAUAGUCCAGGAUAGGCUCGAUGUAGUAUUUACAAACAUGCUCCAGAUUCCCUUCAAAAUUGAGAGCCCCCACAGCUCCAAACAUCUGACGGCCCCUUUCCAGACUUGAAAAGUCCAAAUCUCCCUGUAAAGGGGGGUCUAUCCAACCCCCCAUUUCCAAACCAAACCAGAUUUUAUCUUUCCAAGUCUGGUUUUUCCAAGUUCAUUUAUCAAAUCCAAAAGUUUAUAUUCCUGCUGGGCCGCAGCUCUCUCCGUCUCUGGCGCCCAAGAUUCAGCAAGGUCCUCUUCUUUCAGUUGUUCUGUCAUGGCACGCUCCUGUUUUGAUUCCUGGGUGGGCUCCAUAUAGUUUCCCACUACCUGUUCAAAGGUUCUGGCCGCAUUAGUCAUGAAAUCCGUCUUCUGACUUAACUGAUCCAAUAGGGCAUUUAUUUUACAGAAAGCACCCAACAGUGCUUCUGAAGACAUUGUCCUACAAGGUCACAAAUCCUUUCCCACAGUUUUAAUCAGUGGCAGCUGCAAGUUCCCAGGAAUUAGUUACAAUUUCACAGUUCCCUCUAGGGGAAAAACUUCUGGUUGUUCUUUUCUUGAAAACAAUAGCAACAAAGUUUCUUUUUUAAGAUAUUUUGUCCAUAUUUGUUCUUUUAAAAGACGAAAGGAAACAAUGGAGUCACAAUGUUUCUCUUCUUUUAACUAUCUGUCAAAGACAUUUGUUUCUGGUCAAUGAGCUUCAAACGUCAAUUCUGACACCCCGCUCCAGGGUCAGGACGGUGGAAAAUUACUUUGCUUUAGAUUCACUUCUGCAGGUUUAAACAGCUCAGAAAAGGUCCCCCUUCUUCUCCUGCUACCGAAGGGGGGUUCAGCGAUUUUAAAUGAUGAAAGUCGAUCCUUUAAAAGUGAUUUUUAAGGCUCUAGUUUGCGUUGUCUUUGCUUUGUUCUGACUACGAGGAAACGGAAG